AUGCCAAGUGCUCGAGGAGGGAAAAGCGAAGAAAAGGAGGCGAACCUCUUCCCGGAUUCUUCCAUAUAUGAGAAAACGGCUAUGAUCGGCAUGGGAGCGUACGGGACGGUGUUCAAGGCGCGGGAUCGGACGAACCCAAGCCAGAACGUGGCAUUGAAGAGGGUUCGAUGGCCGUCGACGGAGAAAGGGAUCCCCCGGUUUGUGAUUAGGGAAAUUGCUCUUCUCAGGCAACUCGAAGCCUUCCAGCAUCCAAACGUCGUCAGGUUGUUGGAUAUCCGUCAAGAGAGGGGAUUGGAGCAAGAGAUGCAGAUGUAUUUGACCCUAGUGUUCGAGUACGUAGAACAGGAUCUUUUUCAGUACAUGGACAGAUGCCCCCCUCCCGGGCUCUCACCCGACCGCAUCAAGGACCUAAUGUGGCAGACGCUAUGCGGAGUGGAUUUUUUGCAUUCGAAUCGAAUCAUCCAUCGAGACCUGAAGCCGCAGAACCUUCUGGUCACGGAGACCGGCCAGUUGAAGCUCGCCGACUUCGGCAAAGCACGCGUCUACGACUUCCAUAUGAUGCUCACGCCCGUCGUGACAACGUUGUGGUACCGCGCCCCCGAGGUACUCCUCAACUCGCCCUAUGCCUCGCCCGUGGACAUGUGGUCGUGCGGCUGCAUCUUUGCCGAGCUCUUCCGUCGUAAACCUCUCUUCCCUGGCCAGUCUGAAGUCGACCAGCUCUCCAAGAUAUUCAGGGUACUGGGGAAGCCUCGUGAGGAAGACUGGCCGCGGGAUGUGUAUUUUCCGUGGAGUUCUUUCCCUUCUCCGGUCUCUCCUCCCACUCCGCUCUCCGACCUCGUCCCUGAGAUCGACCCUCAGGGACUCUCACUCCUUCAGAGGAUGUUGAAGUUUGUACCCGAGCAGCGCGGGUCGGCUGCCGAGGCUCUAGUCCAACCGUACUUCAGGGACGACGGCUACGUCCCCUUCAAGCUCACUACCUGCGGUUCCGGUCAGCGAUCCUCCUCCCUCCCCUGCAGGAACGACGGAGAGGAGCAGCGACCGUGUCCAGGGAUCGUGAACCCUUUUCCCGACGAUCGCAGCAGGAGAAAUCUGAUUCCUGAUUUGACAAAACUUGUGAUCCAGGAUUUUCCUCCCCUCCCUUCCCCCUCUCCCUCCAACUUUUCGCCUCCCCCACCCUCCUCACCCUUUUCAUCCUUUAUAAAGCGAGCAAAGAGACAAAUGCAAAUAUUGCAAAGAAAAUCCUGCGUCAUUAUUUAA